AUGGCUGAAGUCGCUUUCGCAAAGACGUUUCUCACGUCGCUCGACUCCCGUCCCAUCAAGCUCUCUCCAGAUCACAUCGAGGAUCCCAAGACAUUUCCUCCUCGCCCUCCCUAUAUCCUCCCCCGCAUGCCAACGCCCAUGUCCAAACCCUUCGCCCGCUCCGCCCCCGGCCAAGAACCAAGCAUAUCCGUCUCCCUCAAGUCCCUGCGCAACCCGCCCCUCGACAUCACCCUCUCCGCCCUGCCUCUCAGCACGUCCGUUCUCGACGUCAAGGCCGCCGUGCAGGAGCAGACGCGCAUCCCCAUCGACAAGAUGAAGCUGCUGCUCAACAAGCGGCCCGUCGUCGACAGCAAGGUGCUCAAGGAGCUGCGCGCCAGCGAGGCCGAUCGGACGAUUGAGUUUUCCGUCAUGGUGAUUGGUGGCGCGGCGGCGAUUCCGCCGGCGCCUGAAGUAGAGAUGACGGAGGAUGUGCCUGUUUCGACGGCCCAGGCGGAUGAGGCGACGGUGGAGGCGGAGCUAGAGGCGGAAGCUUUCUGGGCGGAUUUGAAGGGCUUCUUGCAGCAGCGGCUUAAGGCUCAGGGCAAGGGCGAGGAGCUGGCGAACUUGUUUAGAUCGAGCUGGCAGACAAGCAGAUCAAGUUCUUGA